AAUACCACCCUCCGUGACCUAGAGCUGCCUCCGUGCCGUAGGCUAGCGUAGCGCCACCGCGGACGCCUCAACCCCAGCCCCCAAACUCAUCUGCCGCGUCGCCGCCCAUCGCCGUUCCGUUCAGCCGUCGCGCCGCUGCUGUCUCAACAGCGCCCCCAAUCUUUGCCAGUGAAUCAAAAUGGGCAGCGAUCUAACACACACGAGAAAAAGACUGAGGCGUUACUACCACGGACCAGUCAUUAAGAAAACGAGAGCAAAGGUUCAGUUUGCAGACCUUCCCGAUGAUCUGCUGUCUACGAUUCUAUCAAAAUUGCCACUGAAGGAAGCUGCAAGAACCGUCAUUCUGUCAAGUAAAUGGAACGACGUGUGGAGAGUUUGCCCCAAACUGAGAUUUGAUGGCUUCACAGUGUGCAGUGACAGCGUGUUUGGGGGAGAACAGUACACUCAGAAAUUCAUUGACAAUGUUAAUGAAGUCAUGCAGAAGCAUCAGUGCAUGGUCGUUGAAGAGCUCGUGAUCAAAUUUGGGUUUGACAGCAGGGUACUGGGUCAUAUCAACACGUGGGUUGCUUUUGCCGUUUCAUCACGGAUGGAGAGCCUUGCCCUUGAUUUAGUGCCAGCCAACUCCCCGGGCCGUACUGAUCAGUACAGAUUACCGGUUGAGCUGUUGGACGAUGGAAGCAUAUUUCGGCUUCGUCAUCUUCAACUUAGCUUCGCAAGUCUUGAACUACCCCCUCAAUUCAGUGGUUUCCCUAAUCUGAGAACACUUGAUUUGCACUUGCUACAAGUCACUCGAAAUGAUCUUCAAGAUAUGCUGUCAAAUUGCAUCAAUCUUGAGUGGUUCAGUAUGGUUAGAUGCCAUUUGAAUGAUGAACUGACGGUAGCACGUCCGUUGUCAAACCUGAGAUACCUGCGUGUUGCACACUGCAAGAUAACCAGGAUAGUACUCCAUGCAGUGGAACUCAAAACUUUCUUGUUCUAUGGGCGUCUGUAUCCUAUUGACCUUGGGCAUACUCCCAAACUGAAGCAUACAUUUCUUAAUAUCUAUUCCCUGUUAACUGUUGAGCAUGCUUUGACUGUGCUUCCCAAAGUGCUUCCAAGUGUUCAAGAUCUGACAUUGCAUGCUCAUUUUACACUUAAGAUGCCUUUGUUGAUGGAAAAUCCAUGCAAAUUUUCCCAGUUGAAAUAUUUACAUUUGAAGCUGUCAAUUGGUCAUAGGGAAGCUGGCAACAUUCUAUCUUUGGCCUCUUUUCUGAGGGCUGCUCCUUCUGUUGAAAAGUUAGAAAUGCAUUUUAGUGUUUUGGCAUUCGCACAUUGUGUCUCGGAGCCUAUCAAGAGCCUUCCAUGGUGUCCACAUAGUUAUCUGAAGAACCUGUGUAUUACAGGAUUUUCUGGAACAACAGGACAACUUGAAUUUCUGGUGCAUGUUGUUGAAAAUGCCCCUGCUCUGAAGAUAUUGACGAUUAAAGGAGCUGACUCGAGUGGCUGUGAUCUCGAUAAUGAAGGGAAAAGAAGAUUUACUUUGAAGUUUCGCGAAUUGGAGAGGAAAUACCUUCAUGGGAUAAUUUCACCAAAUGUGGAGCUCCGUAUUAUUUAAGUGUGCCAGACAUGUAGCUGCUCUUGUACAAGCAAUGGGCUGCUGUUCCAUUUGCCCACUUUAUUUUGACUUGAAGUUAAGAUCCUCCUCUGUCGGUAAGCCGCUCCGAGGCUUCGACCUGCAAGAAGCAGAGAUGUUUCCCAUGAUGGCGACGGAAUGGCAGAUGCAACGUCGUUGCUGAUGACUGGUGAAACUUCUUGCUGAUUGCAGUGUGCAGAUCUGUCCAGGAAGCCGCUCGAUCCUGGCAAACACAACGAACACAGCACAAUAAAAUCAACAAGUGAAAGGAACACAUCGUGUGUCAAGCACUUUAUUACCUGAUCUCGUAAUUCGACAGAAGACUUGAACGUCUACAUAAAACCAGCUUACAUAAGGAGGAAAUGACACACAUCAUGCCUUGAACACUUUAUUGCAUAAACUCGCCAUUUGAUACAAGACCAUUUAUUAUCCACUUUUCAGAUGCCCUUGUUGAUGGAAACCACUUGCAAGUUUUUCCACUUAAAAUGUUCAGAUUUGUGGUUGAUUUUAGAUCAUAAAGAAGCUGGCAACAUUCUGUCUUUGGCCUCUUUUUUUGUGGGCUGCUCCAUCUGUUGAAAAGUUAUAAAUGCAUUUUACUGUUUUUGAUUUCGCACAUUGUGUCUCGAAGCCUAUCAAGAGCCCUCACGGUGUGCACGUCGUUAUCUGAACAACCUGCAUAUUACAGGAUUUUCAGGAACAACAGGACAACUUGAAUUUCUGGUGCACGUUGUUCAAAAUGCCCCUGCCCUGAAGAUCUUGACGAUCAAAGGGGCUGACUUGACUGGUUGUGAUCUCAAUCAAGAAGGGAAAGGCAAUUAUUUUUUCAGUUUCGAGAAUUGGAUAAUUUCACCAAAUGUUGAGCUGCGUAUUAUUUAACUGUAUGCCAGACAUGUAGCGGCUCUUGUACAUGCAACGGGUUGCUGUUUUGUAAUUUCCCUCCCUUUUUGAUUGGAACACAAGGUACUUGUCUGCAUGUAAACAUAUAGUAUCUUCUGGGUCCUCAUAUUUAGUAGUAUGAUUGAGAGAAAGUCACCUCUCAUUCCUGUG